AUGGCAUCAACAAUCGUUCCGUUGAAGAUGGGUCAUCAUGGACGUGUAAUUCAUGUGGAUGAAUCGAUCACCCCAACAACACUCACUCCGACCACUCUAUUUGAUGAUGAUCAACCUGAACUGAUGGAUCAAAGCAAUGAAACAAAAAACCAUGUGUUUUCCGAUUCGUCCCUAUCAACUCCCAUUUUUCCAGUGAAAGUUUCAUGUGGUAUAACAGGAACAACACACAACCAUGAUGAAACUCCAUCUCCGAUCGGAAAUGAUUUUAUCAAUUCAUCCUACUGUCCAUAUAAUGAUAUUUUGCAACUGUACGACAGGAAAACACACCAACUCCAAUUUUACUUUGUGAAAGAUGGACAACCAACUGAUGACAAUACCACUUUUCAAUUUUUGAACAAUCAUAUCACUAUUGAUAAUUGUUGUUUCAAAUCAUUUUUGUGGCUAAAAUCACAUGAAAGAUGUGACAUUAAUUAUUUACCUUAUUUAUUUGAAAACACUGAGUGUUCGAACAUUAUUUAUUCAUGCUAUUUUGUAAUUACCAACGAGACCAAUUUUGAAAUUUUUUUAUUUGUGAAAGCACGACUUUCUGAAAAAUCAUCCAAUCUCACGAACCUCAAAAAGCCUCUCCCUUUCUUACAACAGAAAAAGGAAUUAAUAGAUUUUUUGACCAACUCAAAGAAUAUUUUCCAAGAACAAUCGGGAAAACACCUUUGGAAAGUUAGCAAAGUUACGAUUAGCUAUCAAGAAAUAUUUUCAAUUAUCUCUAAUACAAACAACUCUACUGUAGAUCCGAACGUGACACUCUCUCAUAUCUGCCCAGUGUUAGAAAGUAGACAUUGUAUGUUUAUUUUUAGUGACGGAACGGCGUGUGAGCUGUCAUUUCAAAAUUACAGACUGGUAUUAUGCUCUUCAUUUCAAUUGCAACCACAAACAAACGAACGUUCCUAUUCAGAAAUUGUAUCUUAUCAACAAUUUCUUCUUUGUCAUACGACAAGCAAACAAUGCGUCGUUGAUAUUUGGGAUAUUUCAAAACAGAAAAUGGUGGGAAUGAUUGAUCUUAAUCCUUUCUUUUCAAUUAAUGAUUAUUCUGAAACCCUUUCUAGAUUCCAAAUUUCAAAUAAUGGCCUUUUAUUGAGUGCAGUUGGAAAAAAUAAUUCUAUUUACAUAAUCGACAUUGAUUCUAAUUUUCAGAUAACCAAAAAAGAAAUCGAUCACAACCAUGAAGACAAUUUUGAAGAUAAUGACGAUACUGAAGGAGACGAAGACGAGGAAGAUCAAUCUUCAGAGGAAGAAAUUGGAGUCUCAAUUACUGAAGACAAAGAGACGGGAGUACCAGUUGUUGAAUCUCUUCUCCCUAUCACUUACACUGCAGACAACUAUUAUCAAUCUCACUGGUAUGACAACACGGAGCCACCAAAGAAAUCUACCAGUGUAUUGUUUGACGCUUCUGAUAGCAAUAGCCACCUUGAAAAAGACUUGGAACUCAACUCUCCACUUGUCGUUGCCAACAAAACUCGUAGAGAAACUUUGCUGAAGGAUUCCAUUCAUUUGAGAAAAGGAUUAUCAGGCAAUCUAGAAAGUAAUUAUGAGCAUGGUCUAUUAUCAAGAAAGGACUCACGAUUAUCGAGCAGCCACAUGCUCCUAUCUCCAAGAAAAGAAGAAAAUAUAAGCCACAUUGGUGAAGGUCUAUUGUUAAUCCACAAUCCGUUUAACUCGAUGAUGAACUAUUUAUUAACCAGUGAUAAGUGUUACAUUAUUCACCAUAUGAACAACAUUGAGAAAUGGAAUACCUUACAAAUUUAUGAUGUAUCGUCUGGAAAACUUGGACAUAUACAAAUGCUUGCCAAUGUGUUUUUGACUCCAUUAUAUCCAACAGGAUGUCAUUUCAUUUGUAUUAGUAAUAAGUAUUCUCUUGAUCAUGGUAUUUAUCAUCUGAACUUCAACAUUACCAAAAACAUGUUACUCAAUAAUCUGAUCAAGUAUGAAAGACAAAGAUUGGCGGAACAACUUUGCGAUUUAAACGGCUGGGAUAGACAAUCAUUAUCUGUGCAUGCCAUAGAAUUAGGAUUGAGAAAUCGUGAAUUAUCGGUGCUGCAAGAUACUUUACGAAAUUUAGAUCCACAACAAGAACUGAAUGUUUGCUACAUUAUUGCAAAAUUUAUUCAAGAAACUAAGUUUUCUCGAGAUAGUGAGUUUAAAAUUCAAACAAUUACUACAGCCAUCGGAUACAUUCUCUCGCUGAUUGAAAAGAGAAUCAACGAACUUGGAAGAAAUCCAAGUUUUGGAUUGGGAGAGGAAGAUCCAAAUUUAUUUGAUUCCAUCUUUUUAUUUCAAAACAAGCAUGUUCCUAUUAUCACUGAAAGUGCAAAUUCUGUCAUUAAGAAACUCGAAAUUAGAAAUCCACGAAAAAUGGACAAACUUAUGGAAAGUCAAACAAUAUCAGAAAUUGAUGAGAUUACUGCAGCUUCCAAUGAUGUUCACCAAUCUUCAUCUGUGCACAUGAUUGCAAUCAUAGAGGAUAUUAUGAGCUCGAAGAAAAAUCUUUCAAAGCCUGAGGAGAUUCUGUUGUUAUCAAACAUAAUAGCUUUGCUAAGAUCUUACUUACUCAUUAAUGAAGAAGAACAUGAACAAAUGGCUACAGCUCAGCAUGAAGCACUCCCACUCGACCAGCUCUCUGUGCUUAGCUCUAUACCAAUUUCUAAUAAGAAUAAGAAUGACAAGAAGAUUGAUAUUACACCUAUUGAUUUGUCUCUUUAUAAUGAUAACUUUAAUGAUCUGUCUUACUUUGGAUCAGAAAUUAAAACUGGAAUUUCUUUAAACAAUGAGGAAGAUAUGUAUAAUUAUGAUCAAGAAGAUGAGGAUGAUCAGGUUUCAGAUGCUGAUGAAAAGAAUGAAGUUGAGUUAUUUGAACGGAUAUUAACACGAGAACAUGAAUCAUUAUUCAAGAGGUGGAAACAGCUAGAUAAUAAGAGCAUCAUUACUGAGAGUUUGUUGAACGGCCUAGUUUCUUUAGGAUUUUCGUUCUUGAAAAACAAAUCAAUGAAAAUCAAAUCUGACCUUGGUUCUGAUUCUGAAAAGGAUGAACAUGACACGAAUUGUGAAAUUAAUAAUUUUGAAACUUUUAAAGAAGUUGCGUUUAAAAUCAUUUACGAGAAACUUGCAAUAGGAGAAUAUUCUGCUGCUCUAGAGAUGAUUGAAAAUUUAGGAGAAGACCUUGUGGAGCACAUGAGAGACAUUGCAUUCAACACUUUGGACAAAGACAUUAGAAAUUACUUAAUCAAAGAGUUAAUAAGAUUGAAGAAAUUGAACGAAGAAGAGUUGGAAGUAAUAGAAUUUCUUCAAUUAUUGGAAGAGUUAUAUCCUGAUAUAAGUAUUUUUAAAGUUCAAGAAAAGCUUCAUCAUCUUGGUUAUGGUAAUCCAUUCCAUGAAUCAUCUGAUCUAUUUGAUUCUCAACGCUCUGAACAUGUCAUACAGAUAGGAGACAUUUCGGAUAUGGGACAAAUAAGCAAGUCCAGCAGCAAUUCUUUCUCUUCAGUGGAAGAAAGUCCUUCAUCUUCUGCCUCUCCCAAAUCUGACUCCGAUGAUGUUGUUUUCAGAAGAAGAACUUCUAGCUUGAUGAGAAUGAGGAACCCUUCCAUGCUCUCGAAAAAGGUACUCACUUUCCAAAAAUCCAAAUCCAGCUAUCUUGUGACCACACUAAGAUGGGUCAUGAAAUGGGACAAGGAAACACGAGAGAGGAUAUUGUUGGAAAAAGAUUAUCAUGAUAAUGAAUCCUUGAGAGGUAGACUAGCCUUCUGUAUCGCUCACCAUGAUUAUGUUGGCAUUGUUCGAUGGACAAAAAGUGUUCUUCCAUUGACUCAACUCCAUUCAAAGAAAAAAGUCUACCGGAAUUCAAAAGCUUCAUCAGCCAUGCAACAUUGUAAUGAGAUUCUUGAGAUUGUUAAGGAUCAAUUGAAGUAUUGCAGCCCAAUUAUGAAAGAAAUUUUACUCAAUAGUUUGGCACUUCGAGGAAUUUUCGUGAGAGAAGACACUUCUGAUUUUAUUUCCUUAUUGAAACGGUUCUGUGCCACGUAUCAACUAUUUUCUGUGCACCCAGUAGAAUUUCCAAUAUUUGAGAAUGAUCCAAUUCUUCUGUUUGACAAUGACCGAGAUCCAACUCCAUCCAUUAACACUUCCUUGUUACAUCCUCAGGGAGAGUUCAGCAAAUUUCACAAGGAUUUUAUUUCAUUCUACAUUGAGAAGAAUUUACCAAGUGUCUGUUUUCGUUAUAUAGACAGGUUUGAUUUAUGGGAAUGUUUAGAAAAAGAAAGCAAGAUUUUCACAGAAGAAUCAAAACCAGAUUGGCUUAAAUUGAUUCUACUCUCCAAGAAAAAAUCGAAUGUUUGA